UGGUCACAUGAUCACCCAGCUGGACCUGUGGAGAUCAGAUACUGUAAAGCCAGUCUGUUUGCCAAAUGUGGGUCUGCAGGCAGCUCCUUCAAGUCAAUACUGGAUAUCUGGAUGGGGAGCGUCUAGAGAAGCAGGAGCCUCUACUGAGGAUCUGCUGAUGGCCCGGGUCAAUGCUAUUGGUCGGGACACCUGUAACAGUGCCCAAGUGUACAAUGGGUUGAUAACGAAGGCAAUGAUCUGCGCUGGGGUUCUGCAAGGUGGAGUGGAUUCCUUUCAGGUAACAAAUGCAUAUUCUGCUUGGUAG